AUGGCUUUAGAGUGCGGGGAAAUAAUGUUGGAAUGGGAUAUGACCGAAGACCCCGGGCUUUCGAAGCGAGGUCAGAUUUGUGGUUGGUGGUACCAAAGUGGAGGAUUCGCACGACGUCAAACCCAGGUCAUACUGGGUAGCAAAAUUUCCAGAGCUAUCAUUGCAGGUGGUCCCGAGGUCGUCUGGAUCAAUGUGCCCAGCCACCUCCCAAAUUGUGCCGCACUUGUUCAUCGCAGGGCCUCCAUCUCCGCACAGCAACCUAUCUCGAGUUAUGAUGAUUGGCAAUUAGGUAGAAACGACGACUUCUACGACAUCCCUCUAGACUUCACAAACUUCAAUUGGGAUGAUUUUGAACAAUUCGACACCGAUCCAUGUUCAGAAUUCCUCAAUUUCUUCAACGAUGAGCCGAGCUCAGAAUCACAUCAAGAUGCUUACAGCAUUUCACCCGUGAUUACCGAUGCCUCACCGUUUGUGUUCCCUUUCGAAUCACUUCCAAAUGUACCCGUCGAUGAUCAAGAAAUGGGCUCUGGUUUUAGUCGCCCAAAUGAUGAGCCUUGUUACGCGCAAUCACAUGCUAGAACUCCUGCCUUGUACAAUAGUGCCUACAACCAAACCGAUGUCACCUCGAAUAGCUAUCCUUCUCUUUCGGCAAAUGUUUCCUCCAGGAGCUCUCCACAAGAGAGUCCAGGAAAGAAGAGUAUCAAAGAUGCAAAGCAAUUUUCCACUAUUUGUCAGAAAGGUUGCAAUACAAAAGCUAUUCUCAGACGACAUCUCAAGAUCCACGAUCCGAAUCUCAAGUGCGAUUUCCCCGGCUGCUCACAAAAGCCAUUCGCAGAGAACAGAGAUCUCGAACGAGAUCGCGCAUCUCAUGGCAUUAUUGGUCCUCUACUUUAA